GGGACAUGGUCACUGUUCUUAUGGCCAGAAUGCUUUACCCUAUUUUCUCUGGUGAUCCCAAAUUUUCGCUCCCUCCCUUCUGCUCAAAACUCACAUCCACAUUCUGCAACACAGUCUUCUCUCUCUGCUUUGAUUUCGAGAGAGACAGAGGUGAGAGAUUCUCAUAUUGCACUGCAUUAAUGGAAUCUCUCAACGGAGCAGUCGAACCAGUACCCUCUUGUAGUCUGGAAAAACAAGGGCGUUUUUCGCCACUACAAGAAAGAAUUUCAAAGUUAUUGUCUCAAUGGACUGCACUUCAGAUGGCUGUCCAGAAUGAGUGGGGAGGCUGCGAUUCAUUGGAGAAAUCAGAGCAACUUGCCUAUGACGUACUCUCGUGGCUCUUCCAAUCUAAAGAAUUACUUCGAGUAGAAGAUUUAGAGAAUUUGCUGCAUGAGAGAUUGCUGCUUUCUUUCAACACAGAAAUUGAGGAUGGCAGCAUUGAGGAGGUUGCUGAACAGUUGAUGAUUAUUGGCGAAGAUCAUUUGCAUGGAAAUCUUGUUUCUUUUCAAUUAAAUGAAAAUCAUCAAAAAGUUGGAAACAGUGGACAGCAAACUACGACUAAUGGCUUCAGGCAAAAGUGAGAAUAGAAGACAGAAGGCAUAUGGGGCACACUAGUUGCAAUGCUUACCUGCAAAACAUCAGAUGAACUGUACUCAAAGAAACACGGAUGAUGGUUUCAACUGAAACUCACCUACUUAGAUUACAAAAAAGGUUUUUUCAAGGACAUGACGAAUGGACUCUUUCAUCUAUGCAGUGAACCUGCAGAAUCUGGGAUUUCCAUUCUUGACUCUUAAGAGUAUAAUUUUUGGAGGGAAAUAUAUUUGUUUCUUUUUCUUUCUCCUUUCUUUAUCAGUCAUGAAGCUCAAGAGCUCUUUUUUAUUCUGUACUAAAACUCUUUGUCCUAAAUAAAGAAACUAUGUUUGAUGUUU